CACACUUCCCUCACACCAAUACCUUCUUACAAACCAAUUACUAAUACUUCUUAUUUCCUAUUCUUCCUUCUUCACUUUCCAAACCAUCAUGGCCAUCACUUACGAUAUGGAGAUCCCUUCCUCAAUCCCUGCCCCUAGGAUGUUCAAGGCCUUUGUCCUUGACGGUGACAACCUCAUCCCCAAGGUUCUGCCACAGGCCAUCAAGAGUGUCGAAAUCCUUGAAGGAGAUGGAGGUGUUGGAACCGUCAAGCUCACCACUUUUGGCGAAGGCUACCAACACAAGUGCGUGAAACACAGAGUUGAUGCCAUCGACAAAGAGAACUUCACGUACAGCUAUAGCAUAAUCGAAGGUGAUGCUUUGAUGGGCGUUUUCGAAUCGAUCUCUUAUCACAUCAAGAUCGUAGCCACCCCUGAUGGUGGAUCUAUUCUGAAGAACAGGAGCAUUUACAAAACCAAAGGAGAUGCUCAGGUUUCAGAAGAGGAAAUUAAGGCCGGAAAAGAGAAGGCUUCAGGCAUUUUCAAGGCUGUUGAGGCCUACCUCUUGGCUAAUCCAGAUUGCUAGAACUCCUGCUGUGUCCUGCGAAUCUACAUAAAGAACUUGGGAUAUGAACUCCCAUGAGUGCGGUUUUGUAUGAUUAGUUAAGAGUACGUGUGGUUUUCAAUUGUGUUGUUUGUCCAUAAAUCAAUAAGGAAGACGCUACGGUUGUCUUUCAGUUUCACAGGAUUGUGCUUGUGAAAGUAUCAAUGCAAGUCUUGUUAACUUUUUUGUUGAAUCAUCUUGAACCUUUGAUCGAGUAAGAUUCUAAUCUCUUUAGUAAA